AUGGAUGAAAAAUCAACGAGGGACAAUGGAUAUCCACUCACUGCAGCACGAAAGCCGAGCCGAGCAAACUCGGCAUCAGACGAAGUCAUCGUCCACACCGACAAUUGGACACACCUGUCGCAAUUUCCUCCACACCGUCUAUACUCCAGCGCUCAUGUUCUUGGCGAAAUUGUUCUGGCCACGACCCGCGACCUAGAACAGAAUACACUUUGCGCAAGUAAAUAG